AUGAAAUUUGGUAAAGAUUUGGAGUCCCGUCAGCUAGCGUUGCCAGAGUAUAAUGGCCAUUUUAUCGACUACAAGGGUUUGAAAAAACUGAUUAAACAUCUGUCGGGUCCGCCACUGCCGCCCACGGUGGAGGGCGCCGAAAUGGACCAGUCUAACGUGUACCAGGUGCUGCAGGAACACAAGGCGUCGUUCUUCUUUAAGGUCGAGCGCGAGCUAGAAAAAGUCAACGGGUACUAUCUCGAAAAAGAGGCCGAUUUGCGCGUGAAAUUCGAGCUUUUGAGUUCGCGCUACCAGGACUGUGUCAAACGCGGGAAACUGUCGUCCAAGACCACGGUUGCUUACAAGCAGCUACGUGACGGUGCCAAAAAAUUCGAACGCGAUCUUUCGCAUCUGGAGCAGUUUGUAGAGCUUAACCGCACCGGGUUCUCUAAAGUACUCAAAAAAUGGGACAAACGAUCCCAUUCACACACUAAAGACUUUUAUCUGGCAACCGUGGUGUCUGUGCAACCGAUUUUCACACGCAACGAGGCUUCGGACCUCAACGAUCAGGUUUCCGCGGUUUUACUGGAACUCAACGCCAUCAGCACCCAAGAGGAUCCUCUCGCGUACUCGGCACUCUUCGCGUCGCGCUCAUACCCGAAACUCUCGGACCUGGGGGUCACCAGCUCCGCCUCUCGCAUUUCCUCUACUAAUCCGCUUCCAGUGCCCAACACCGGAAGCAUGAAAACAGGUUUCCGAGCAGAAACUCUUGACAUCAGCUUGGAUAUCGAGACCUGGUACUUGGAAGCACAAAACAUCGCCAAGUUGAAAGACGAAGAACCGCGCGUGCGACUCCUGCGCAAAUGUGCUGCUGAAAAAAUACCGAAGUUCAUUGAAGAAAACGUACCGAGAAGCCGUAUUGACAAGGACUUGAUCCUCAGAGAUGCACUGACAAAGGUUUUCCUGCUGCUUGUCAGUAGCUCAAUCGAUGAUGAUUCACUAAGCGUAUUUUUAAAGGCUGCUGCUCCCCACAUUGACUUUUCUUACGCUGAAGAAGACGAAGCUGUCUUUUCAAAGCGAAACAUCCUUCAUGAGGCAGCCAGCUGCGAAGUGCAUGCUAGAAAGUUCGUGCUUCAAGAAGCAAUCGAACAAUGCCGCGAUUCAAUCUUACCCCAAGAAGUUCUACGCAAACUGCUAAAUUCUCAAGAUGCCAACGGUCGUACUCCUUUGCAUUACGCUUGUGAACUGGAAAAAAAGGAGUUCGUUGAACUGUUGAUCAACUCUCUGUUGCUGGACACGGUGGACGUGGUCGACAAUGACUCUAAGACUCCAUUGGUCCUUGCAGUGAGUAGAAACUGCAAUGAGAUAACAGAACUUUUGUUAUUAAACACUCACGCCGACUCGUCAUCAAUAGUAGCGGACUCUAAAAAGCCUCAAUUCAAUCCGCUCAAUGUGGCAUGUGCUUAUAAAAACUAUGAAGCUGCAAAACUGAUUCUCAAGCUCAGUAACGUCGAUCCUACAGCCGUGCGCGAUACACAAGGCCGGUGUUCCUUACACAUUGUUGCGAAAACUGGUGGAGAUUCUCGAAUGAUAGAACUAUUGAUUUCUCACGGCGCAGAUCCCAAUGGUGUUGAUGGCUUCAACGGAUGGACCCCCAUCUUUUAUGCAAUCCAGGAAGGUCACCGCGAGACCGUGGCAGAACUGUUAGGAUAUGGCGCUCGCCUUGACGUCAAGGAUGAUGAUAAUCUCUCGCCCUACUUCUACGCUCUUUGGGAAGGUCACCUAAGUGUUAUCAACCUUCUUAAAGACCAUCUUAUCUCUAAUCUCGCCACUCCGGAUUCAAUUACCGGCCUCAUGAGGUCGACACUGGAGCCGGUCGAUGUUUUAAGCCUGGAAGAUUCUUUACAUGGAAUUCCGGACUUUGCUUUGCCGCCUCCUAUCAUCCCGUUACGCAAGUAUGGCCAUAACUUUUUGGAGAGGAAGAUUUUUGUCAAAAUAAGUUUCCUCCCAGGUACAUCUUCCAUCGUGCUUAACAAAGAAGAUGAAAUGGUUUUGUCAUCCCCCGGCCGCGUGACGCUCACUUCAAACAUCUCCAACAUAAUUCCCAGGAACAUCGUUUUACCGACCAAGGACGACGAAGAGAACUUUGUUGUAUUCCAAGUUGAUUCUUUUGACAAGUUCUCGAUCGACUUCGAAAUUUUCCCCUCCUUUGGUACUCGUAUGAUUGCCAAGACCACUGCUCUCUCAACCUUAUUCAAGAAAUUUCAAAGCAGUCCGUUGGACAAGGGCAACUUCGUACUGCCGUUAUUUGAUGCUCGUUUGAAAAACGUCGGUGAAUUGAGACUAAAUUAUAGACUUGUCUUUCCCUACAGCGGAAGACCCCUGGAAAUUACAAAGUAUGAGACUUACUGGAAGUCAACAAGCGGAAAUGAGCCUGGAAAGAAUGGAAACCAAUUUAUUACGUCGUCUUCCUUAUCCGGCCGGUACAUCAACUUUUUUGUCACGACCUUAAAUGAUGGCACGCUCAUUGUGACUCCUAAUAAGACGAUUACAGUUGGCCCAAUGAAAUUAAGACUGUUAGAUUUGAAUGCCAACCAGUUGGAGAGCUUGGUUGGUUACUCUUUAGAUGGUCGGGGUGAAGCUUCCGAGCCUCUAACUUUCGAGCUGCUACUCACCGAACGCUUCACCACCUUGAAGUCUCUUCUAGAAAAGGUACCGCAAAACUCCAAUUUAGAAAUAGAGGUUUGUUUUCCCACGGAGUGUGAAUUGAAAAGCAUUCCUCUCAAAUUAUCCACUCAUAUCAACAUCAACAGCUAUAUCGACAACAUUUUGACAUCUCUGUUCAGUCACGUCCGUCAAAGAUUCCACGAAGGACUUACGUCGUCAGUUGUGUUCACCUCGCGAAACCCUGACGUUUGCUCGAUCCUGAAUUGGAAGCAGCCAAAUUUCCCCGUUAUUUUCUAUAUGAAUGGCUUGAGAAAAGAAAAUGGGGUCUUGGUCAAGGACACUCCUCAUCAUUUAUCAGGAUUGUCACUUACUCCUGAAACUGUCGAUUUCAGGGAUUCGUGCUCUCGAAGCGUUCGCGAAGUCGUUCAGUUUGCAGCGUACAAUAACCUAUUGGGAGUUAUUGUCCCACUAGAAUUGUUGCGUGCCAGUCAGCAACUAAUUCGCGAAAUCAGGGCACGCGGACUGUUGCUGAUCGGUUCGUUUUUUGAAGGAGACGAAGGAACCGCCAUUGAUUUUGUCGAAGACGACAUCAACGGUCUAAGGGCGCGAGACUUUUUGGAUUUCAAGGGAAGCAUUGAAAUGUAG